AUGGCUAUCAGCGAGCCCAUCAUCGUCUCCAAGUCUCUCCCGACUAUCCACCUCGACCUCCUCCGGGCCGAGAGCGCCGACGAGAGCAGGAACCUCCUCGACGCCUGCAAGAGCCACGGCUUCUUCUACCUCGACUUGACCAGCGAUGCCGAGCUGUGCAGGCUGUGGGCGGAGAUGCUCCGCAUCAUGGCCGAGUACUUCAACCAGCCUCUCGAGGUCAAGAUGCAGGACGCCCGUGGCAGCGACAACUUUGGCUACGAACCCAUGGGCACCGAGGAGGGGCCCAACCCCAAGACAAGAGACGGAUACGAGUCUCUCAAGUUCUCCCGCCGUGAAUUCCUCAAGGGCUCUUCCGACCUCACCACCUCGGUCCGCGCCCAGGAAGACAGCUUCUUCUCCUUCAUCAAGAACGCCCACGAAAUCACCCUGAUGAUCCUCUCGCGCCUCUCCUCGCAGCUGGGCCGCACCGACAGAGCCCGCUUCGAGGCCCACCACGCCGACCCGGGCCCAUCCCUCUCGACCCUCGGCCUCCUGCGCUACCCCAAACACGACAGGCCCGCCGGCGAGCCCAGGAACGUCGGCCACAACAAGCACACCGACGUCGGCUCCCUCACCUUCCUCCUCGCCGCCCAGUGGGGCCUGCAGUACCUCUCCCUGACCUCGCGCCGCUGGGAGUUCAUCGAGCCCCGGCCGGGCCACGCCAUCAUCAACGUCGGCGACAGCCUGCGCUUCCUCUCGGGCGGCGAGCUCGCCAGCGUCGUGCACCGCGUCGUCCCCCUGCGCAAGACCCAGGACGAGGACCGCUACAGCAUCGCCUACUUCCUCCGCAUGAACGACGGCGGCGUCUUCAGCGACACGACGGGCAAGGCCUGGACCGCCAACGAGUGGCACGACUUCAAGUUCGGCGUCUUCAAGAACCCGAGCGUCCUCGACGUCAAGGGCCAGUUCCUGACGGGCAUGAUGAUCAAGGACAGCGACAAGUUGGAGGGUCACGCCGCGGUUUCGGCAUAG